AUGUCAUCAGAACUUGAACCGCAUAUAUUGAAACGUUAUGAAAUUGAGAAGAGAAUAGGAAAAGGUGCAUAUGGAAUAGUAUGGAAAGCGAUCAAUCGAAAGACAAAAGAAGUUGUCGCCCUGAAAAAAAAUUUCGAUGCAUUUCGUAAUCAAACAGAUGCUCAAAGAACAUUUCGUGAAAUUGCAUUUUUACAAGCAUUUGGUAAUCAUCCAAAUAUUAUCGGUUUAUACAAUGUAAUACGAGCUGAAUGUGACAAGGAUAUCUACUUAGUAUUUGAAUACAUGGAGACAGAUUUACAUAAUGUAAUUCGUAAAGGGAACAUUUUGAAAGAUAUACACAAACAGUAUAUUAUGUAUCAAUUAUUUAAAGCAACUGCAUAUUUACAUUCUGGGGAAGUGAUUCAUCGAGAUUUAAAGCCAUCAAAUGUUUUAUUGGAUUCUGAUUGUUCAGUAAAAUUAUGUGAUUUUGGUUUAGCACGUUCAUUAAAAGGUCGUAAUAUGAAAUAUGAAUAUAAUAAUGCAACACGUUGGUAUCGUGCACCAGAAAUUUUAUUAGCAUGUCAUGAUUAUACAAAAGGUGUUGAUAUAUGGAGUUUAGGUUGUAUAUUAGGUGAAAUGUUAAUUGGUACACCAUUAUUUCCUGGUACAUCAACAUUAGAUCAAAUUGGACGUAUUAUGGCUGGAUUACCAAAAUUAAGUAGAGAAGGUAAUGAAUUUUUAUUGAACAAUUAA